AAAUGAUGGCAGUAUUGAUUUUAUAAUUAGUAAUUUCUUUCUUUCAAAUGAGAGAAAAUUAAGUUGCAAAACUUAAUUUCUGGGGAGAUAAUGACAAACUAAUCAGGUUUUUCUUUUCAGAAAGAUAGACAAGAAAUAAUUUAUCCAAUAUAAUUUAAGUUGCUCUCGCUCUCUCUCGUCAAGCAGUCAGCGGUGAGCAGUAGCUAACAAAACUGUGGAUGGAAGUAUCUUAUUUUACAUACAAUGCAUUUGAGUACAUAUCACCUAACGCAUAAUUGUUAUGGAUAUUAUUUUUUCGUCUGAUCUUAUCAGAAGACAUUUUAUAUUUAAUAAAAAUUACAAAAAAUUAUCUUAAAACCAUUUGAAGAUUUUGUAUAUUGACUUAACCAAUGAUGGUAAAUUCAGAAAAAAUAAAUUGUGCGUUCAUGAACUGGAGUAUUCUAAUAUCACAAAAAAAAUGCAUUUGAUUUAAAAAAUGUCGGUGUGAGAUGGAUAUUGAAACGUUUAGAUGAAAAGUUAUAAAUGAUAGACAGUUUGAGUUGUGAGUUACUCAAUGGUAACCUGAUGUCACACCUCUGGGUACUCCAGGCCAUUGUCGUAUUAUGCAUUGUGGGCCGAAAGGUAAUGUGUUCAGGAAUGUUUGAAGUAUCCCUAUUAAAACUGAACAAUAAUAGAGGUGUUACACACAAUGAACAAUGCUGCAAAGGGCCGUCUACGUAUUCACCAUGCUCUGGUGAAUGUGACACAUUCCUCACUGUAUGUCUAAUGAAUUAUGUUCAGUCAAUGCCAUCACCCCGCUCAUGCACAUAUGGCUCUGCGACGACGUCACUUCUUGGUGGAAAUGAUAUAUCUCAAGAUCAAAUCCCCGACGAUGAUAAAAUUAUCAAAAUUCCAAUCGACUUCGCAUGGCCAGGUAAAUUCACAUUGAUUGUUGAGUCAUGGCAUGCACUAAGAGGAGAAAUUAAAGUAAAAGAUUCUAACCAGCUGAUCAUACAGUCAUUUAUAUCUACCACGUUAAAACCAACUACAAAGUGGUCAAUGGACACAACAAUAACACCAACAUCCGAACAGAGGAUUCAGUAUCGUCUUGUAUGUGGCAGACAUUAUUAUGGAAACGGAUGUGAUGUUUUAUGUAGACCACGUGAUGAUCAAUUUGGACAUUUUACUUGUAGCACAAAUGGAACAAAAAUAUGCAAUCAUGGAUGGAAAGGACAUUUCUGUGACGAACCAUACUGUAGCGAAGAAUGUUUUAAAAAUGAGGGACGAUGUGAUCGACCUUUUCAGUGCAGAUGUAAACUGGGUUGGCAAGGAAAGAACUGUGAAGAAUGCAGACCGCAUACCGGAUGUCUCCGAGGAUUUUGUCACCAACCAUACCAAUGUAUUUGUGAAGACGGUUGGGACGGACGUUUGUGUGACAUAGAUUUGAAUUACUGCACAAAAACUCAGCCUUGUUUAAACGGAGGUACGUGUAUUCCAGACCUGUUAGGCAACUACACAUGCUUAUGUGCACCUGGAUUUGGAGGAAAGAACUGUAUGAAUCCAUUGUGUUUUGAUGAGUAUUGUAAAAAUGGAGGAUCCUGUCUGACAAGAGGUGGGUUAAGAGAAUGUCAGUGUGCAGAAACGUUCUACGGCCAACAAUGUGAAAACAAGAUUUUAUCAUGCAUGGAGGUCCAGUGCUUAAAUGGUGGAGUUUGCAGAACUGGGGAGCUCGGAGGAUACUGUAGUUGUCCAGAGAAAUUUACGGGAAACAGAUGCGAACAUAGAAUCAAUCCGUGUUCUUAUCACCCAUGCGAAAAUGGAGGAGAGUGUAGAGAAAAUAUAAAAUCUUCCUUGGGUUAUAAAUGCAUUUGUCCACCCGGAUCUGGAGGUGUCCAUUGCUCCAUAUCCAUAGACCCAUGUGCUGGUAUAAUGUGCUUUCACGAUGGGCUGUGUAAAUAUAAAGAUGGCGACAACAGACCAAAAUGUGCUUGCAAAAAUGGGUAUCACGGCGAAUACUGUGAAAUAAUACAAGAUCCAUGUGCUGGAGUAAAAUGUAAAAAUUCAGGCACUUGCAAGCCGUCCCCAAUGGGAAAUGGAUUUUUGUGCCAUUGUGCCAGGGGUUACCAUGGGGAAGUUUGUGAACUUGAAAUUAACCAAUGUGAUAGUUCUCCAUGUAAAAAUGGCGGAUUGUGUAAAAACUAUAUUUCAACAUUUCACUGCAUUUGUCCUGAAAAUGUUUCUGGUAAAUAUUGUGAAAAAAGAAAGCACGAAAACAAACAUGAACGUACAUCAUCGACACAGAAUGAUGGAACAGCUGACCAUACAGCUGUAGGCAAAGACAACUCUGAUAAAAGUAAAAACAUAAUUAGUGGUUCAAACCGUUUUCAUUCGGCAACAUUACAGAGCUACAUUUUUCUUGCAAUAUUAUUUUUCUUGGUGUGAAACGUUAUCAGAUCUCUUUUACUUGGUCAAUAAUUUUGUUUGUUAUGUUUACUUGUGAUAAAUGUUUAAUGUAAUAUAUAAUAAUAAAUGAACACAAAUUGUGA